CCUUUGAUGGCGCUUCCUCCCGGCCCUUAUUCUCUGGAACCACCAUUCUCGCUUUCGUAUGCUUUUCUUGCUUUCCCAUCGUUUUCAUGUUCAUCUAUCCCGAUCCUUGGCAGCUUGCUCGUGCUUCGGCAUUCUCUGUUAGACUUUUCUACGGAACCCUCAAGCUCAAGUACCUUUAAGUUCGUUGGUUUCGGAUUAUUCCGUUGUUAGUGUCUCUAAAUUCUCAUUUCUGAUUGCUCAUUCCUGCAAAGAGUAUCGUAGUGUUAUGAGCUAUGAACUGUCGCAUUCCAGAUAUGGGAUAUAUUUUUAGAGCAUAGUUUAACGCUUAAUCCACAACCAUGGGCAACCAUUGAGCUCGUUGAAAUCCGUAAGCCGCAUGGUUCGACCCUGGAUCUCUGCCGUCCAUCAAUUUUUUCCUAUUAACGCCCACAGUUAUAUUUCAAAACCCAAAUUUCUCUCUACAAAGCACCAAUUCCUUUCCCUUCUCAAGCACUGUUCCUCAACGAAUCACCUAUUUGAAAUCCACGCACAAAUCCUCGUCUCUGGCCGUCAAAAUGACUCAUUUCUCACCACUGAACUCCUCCGCGUCGCUGCUCUAUCACCCUCCAGAAAUCUCAGCUAUGGCUGCUCUCUCCUCUUCCAUUGCCACUUUCAUUCCGCCACUUUGCCAUGGAAUCUUAUCAUCAGGGGAUAUUCAUCGAGUGAUUCUCCACGAGAGGCCAUUUCGUUAUUUGGGGAAAUGCGAAGACGUGGAGUCAUACCCAAUAACCUCACUUUCCCUUUCCUUCUCAAGGCCUGUGCAACACUUGCGACACUCCAAGAAGGUAAGCAGUUUCAUGCUAUUGUCAUAAAGUGCGGUUUAGAUUUAGAUGUAUAUGUUCGGAAUACUCUGAUUCAUUUCUAUGGGUCCUGCAAAAGAAUGUCUGGUGCACGAAAGGUGUUCGAUGAAAUGACCGAAAGAACUUUAGUUUCAUGGAAUGCGGUUAUUACAGCGUGUGUUGAGAAUUUUUUCUUUGAUGAAGCGAUUGACUACUUUCUGAAAAUGGGAAACCAUGGUUUUGAGCCAGAUGAGACUACGAUGGUGGUGAUAUUAUCAGCUUGUGCUGAGCUUGGUAAUUUGAGCUUAGGGAGAUGGGUUCAUUCUCAAGUGGUGGGAAGAGGGAUGGUUUUGAAUAUUCAAUUGGGCACUGCCUUUGUCGAUAUGUAUGCAAAAUCCGGCGAUGUGGGAUGUGCUAGGCGAGUAUUCAAUUGUUUGAAACAGAAAAGUGUAUGGACAUGGAGUGCAAUGAUUUUGGGUCUAGCCCAACAUGGAUUUGCGAAUGAAGCUAUUGAACUUUUCACAAAUAUGAAGAGCUCCCCUAUAGUUCCCAACUAUGUCACCUUCGUUGGUGUCCUAUGUGCUUGCAGCCAUGCUGGAUUGGUGGAUAAAAGCUACCACUACUUCAACGUUAUGGAGAGAGUUUACGGGAUUAAGCCGAUGAUGAUACAUUAUGGAUUAAUGGUGGAUGUUUUAGGUCGUGCAGGUCAAGUCAAGGAAGCCUAUGAGCUCAUCAUGAGCAUGCCGGUGGAGCCUGAUCCAGUUGUGUGGAGGACAUUGCUGAGUGCGUGCAGUGGUCGUGACAACAAUGGUGGGGCUGAGGUUGCAGAGGAGGCAAGGAAGAGAUUGCUUGAGCUCGAGCCAAAGAGAGGCGGGAAUGUGGUGAUGGUUGCGAACAAGUUUGCUGAAGUUGGUAUGUGGAAACAAGCAGCAGAUUACCGGAGAACGAUGAAAGAUAGGGGAAUAAAAAAGAUGGCUGGGGAGAGUUGCAUCGAAUUAGGUGGCUCUUUGCGAAAAUUCUUUUCAGGUUUUAAUUCUCGAGCUGCUUCUGAUGGCAUUUACGAUUUGCUUGAUGGAUUGAAUCUGCAUAUGCAAUUGACAAACUUCUAAUGAUGAUUAUAUCUGUUUAUUUAAAAUGUUUAUUUUUGGUCAUCUAGGUUGCUUGACACAAGCAUGAUUAUUUUUGUAUCUAACUUGUAGGCUUCAUCCUGCUGUUCUCUAUCUCUUCGCAGGGGUAUAAGACUUAUAGCUACAACGCUUUUAUUAUACUUUAUAACUUUAUUAUUUUUCUUUUUA